ACAUACCAGUUGGCAGUCGUUCAGAAAUUUCGCCUAAAAACAUUCACCUGCAGUCUUUUUAGUGCCGCCUAGGUGCUACAUUCGCAACUGGGCGAAAGUCUUCCAAAAUCAAAAUUGACGACAUAUAUCUGGCCGUUUUCGAAGAGCAGCAGAAAAAGCAUCCGACAUUCCAUCAGGCUCCUUUUAUUGACACAGCCCAGGGGGGCCUCGGAUAAUUGCUGGAAUAUCUGACUGAUAAUGGAACAAUUCGAGCAACUACUGACCUGCGCGAUAUGUCUGGAUCGUUACAGAAACCCGAAACUCCUUCCAUGCCAGCACAGUUUCUGCAUGGAACCAUGUCUGGAGGGUUUGGUGGACUAUGUUAGAAGACAGGUGAAAUGUCCAGAAUGUCGCGCAGAACACCGUAUACCUUAUCAAGGAGUCCAAGGCUUCCCAACAAACGUCACCUUGCAAAGAUUCCUGGAACUCCAUAUAGAAAUAACUGGGGAGCUACCAGAUCCAACAAGUGGCCAGGUUAUGGAAAGAUGCAACGUUUGCUCAGAAAAAGCAUACUGCAGCAUGUGCCACCACUGUGAUAAGAAGGUUUGCGAAGAUUGCAAGGGUGCGCAUAUGGAAAUUCUAAGACGUGAAAUCUCCAGGAUUAAUAAUCAAAUACGUAGAGGCGUACACAGACUCCAAGAGACGUUGAAUCUCAUCGAAAAAAACACGCAUGGCCUGCAGGCAAACUGCCUCUCUGUUGGAGAAGAGGUUGAGGAGAUUUACAGAAGGUUAUCUAAAGCUUUGAAAGACAGAACUGAUUAUCUAAGGGGGGAAAUUGACCGGUAUUUGGGUACUGAACUAAGGUGUUUGAAUAAUCUGAAAGAAAACCUUCAGCAAGAGCUUUCUAAUAUCAUCAGCAACUGUGAUCUAGCUGAUAAGUUCAUGAACGAAACCUCGGACAUAUGGGACGAUUGUGAACUUAUGGAUGCCAAAGAGAUAUUCUUGAAAACUGUCGAGUUCAUAAGGAAUUUCGAAUAUGAAAAUACAGAUUACAGCAGAAAAGUUCGAUUAGUGCUCGCUCAUGACCCAAAUCAAUUGGUUCUUCAUGUAGCAGGCUUUGGCGAUCUGAAUAUUACUUCAACAGCUCAUCCAUUUGGCCAGAGCAGCGCGCUGUUACAACCUCCUGGAGGUAAUCCUGGCCUUAUGAGAUCAAAAAGUGAUCACAGACUUGCCAGUCAAUUCAGACAAAAUGAAGAAAGGGGUUACGGAGAAAAGGAUCCAGAUGAACCACUUCUUGGUGGAAGAAAAUUCGGGGAAAGACCUCAGAGGACUGCUGCUGACAGUUCUCGGUAUGAUAGAUACGGUAGGGGAGGUGGUAAUGACUAUGGUGACGAUUACGAAUCAGAAUCGAGACCAACCAGGUCAAGGUACAGUAGAUUCAGACGUCAUAAUGCUCCAGAAAAUGAGUCAGACUCUGAGCAGACGUCCAGGGUCAGAUUUAAUGAGCAAAAGGUAGAAAGAGAAAGAGUCAUUGACACAGAAGAUGUAGCCAAAGGGCCUCUGAGUGGUAUCACAAGACUUGCAGACUCCCCAAGAGUCAUGCGUAAAUUACAAGAGAACGAAAGCGGUAAGAAGAAGGAGAAAGAAGCACCUCCAGUACCACCUCAACCCAAAGUAGUCCCAAAACGUCCACCUCCCCCUGCUACCAGGCAAGUGAGCGAAGAAGAUGAAAUAUCAAGAAUCAAAAAACAAAAUAAAGGUGCUACUACAUCCACCACCGAACCAGAAAGGGUCGAAAGACCACCAACUGAAGAAAGACAUAGCACCCAAAGGAAAACUCCAGCUCCCGAGGCCGCGUCUGAUGGAGAAGAAUCUGAAGAAUCCGUGAGUUCACUUCAACAAACGCAGAGAAAAACGGCAGCCAGUAAAACAGCAACGACUGGCAGGAGAACAUCAGAUGUAGGACACAAAAAAGCAGGAAGAUCGCCCAGUACUGAAUCCACCGCGUCAUCCGAAUCUUCAACCGCAUCCUCUACAAUCAGGAGCACUGGAGCACCAUUUUCAACUGAAGAGGUGAAACAGAAAUACCUUACAAGAGGAAAUUCUGGAUCUAAUGAAUCAGAUACUCGUUCACGGGUAUCAUCUGUCAGCUCCAAUAAAGAAUCCACUCCUCAUAAACCUUUCCAAAGCAGGUUUUUGAAUAAGACUCCUACAACACCACCUCCACCAUCUAAAGAGGAAGAUGAGGAUGAGACAGAGACAACAUCUGAGGAGGAAACGGAUUCUGAAGAAGAAUCCGACGAACCCUCCACCAAAGUUGAGAGUAAAGAGAUGGCAAGAUCUGAUAUUGGGCCUCUUUUGGCACGAAGUGCAAAUGCAAGAGAAGGCAGUGAUAGUUCGAGAAAAACUAGUAGAGAAGAACCGAACUCUGUGAAGUCAAGGUAUGCUGUUCAGAAAGAUGAGUCACCGACAAGUAGAUAUACAAGAAGUAGGACUUCAUACAAACCUAGCGAAGAAGAACCUCAAAGGUACGGAUAUACUAGUAGGUUUUUGAAUAAGAGCAAAAGUUCAGCGGCAAUACCUCCUGAUGAUGACGAUUCACCAAGGUAUUCUUCGAAAGCCGAUGAUGACAGCAAAUACUCCAGUGGGAGAUCCAGAUAUAUGGCGUUGAAGGAUAGACGUCAAAGAUUAGCAAGAAGUAAAAGUAGCCAACAGUUUGGUGAAGAUGAUGACGUUGAUGAACCAAUGUCGCCAACCUCUGUAAAUCCGUCAGCAUACUUGGCUAGUAGAGGUUAUGGCUCUACUACAUCAUCUGGUAAUGAUUUGAGUAGAAGUCGCUCUUCGCACGCUCUGAAAUCUAGGGAUAAUUCACCUGAUAGAUCGACAGCAACGGAAAAAGAUGGAGCUGCAUUGAGCUCUUGGGCGAGAUAUUUGAAAAAUAAGUAUGGAAAUAGAUCCAGUGGUAAAGAUAAGGAUAAUAGCGUUUCAGGGUCGUCUAGCAGUUCUGCUUCUAGGCGAUUGUCCCUUGGACUUCCCCUAAGGAGCUCGACAGAGCUAGCAAGUUCUGACGAUGAUUCAAAAAACGUGACAGGCUCCCCCACUACCCCUACAGCAGUUACGGCAGCAGCCGGUAUCGCAGUGGCAGGUACCUUCCCUAGAAGUCAGUACCUCCAAAAAUGUCAACAGCUGUUUCAAAUAGGUAGUAGGGGGAGCGAAGCCGGAUGUUUCACCUGGCCACGUGGCGUGGCGGUUGGUCCAGACAACACUAUAGUUGUCGCAGACUCCUCCAACCACAGAGUCCAGGUGUUCGAUUCCAAUGGAAGGUUUAUAAAAGAAUUUGGCCAGUAUGGCAACGGUGAGGGAGAGUUUGACUGUUUGGCUGGCGUGGCCGUCAACAGAAUCGGUCAAUUCAUCAUCGCCGAUAGAUAUAAUCAUAGAAUACAAGUUUUUGAUCCAUCUGGAAGGUUUUUGAGGUCGUUCGGUAGCCAAGGUAGUGCUGAUGGUAGAUUCAAUUAUCCAUGGGGUAUAACUACCGAUGCGCUAGGCUUCAUUUAUGUUUGUGACAAAGAAAACCAUAGAGUACAGGUUUUCCAAUCAGACGGCACCUUCGUCGGCAAAUUUGGAUCAAUGGGAAACAAAGAAGGCCAACUGGAACAUCCCCAUUACAUAGCGGUAUCCAACACAAAUCGAGUGGUAGUUUCAGACUCCAACAACCACCGCAUCCAGAUAUUCGACGUCAAUGGCAAGGUCAUCACGCAGUUCGGUACCGAAGGCUCUGACGAGGGUCAGUUCAAGUUCCCUAGGGGCGUGGCUGUGGACGAUCAAGGCUACAUCUGCGUGGCAGACUCCGGAAACAACAGAAUACAGAUCUUCCAUCCAGACGGCUCGUUUUUGAGGGCCUUCGGAUGCUGGGGCACCGGAAAAGGAGAGUUCAAGGGUUUGGAGGGAGUGGCCAUGUCGCCAACCGGACACAUACUGGUGUGUGAUCGAGAGAACCAUAGGAUUCAGGUGUUUUGAGGUUUUAAAAUUAGGAAAUUUUGGUUGAAUUGUAACGAUUGGUUUGAGUUUUUCGGAAUAAUAAAAGCGAUGCAUUUGUU